AUGGGAGACGUCUAUGACUUGUGCGCGAUUCUAGAGUGGGCUAGUGAAUCCUGGUCUCACCGCGGAACCCCUGUACUGGAUGUUGGCGUUGAACCCACCAAAGAACUCUGUGGACAGCAUUUCCGCACCAAGAAGAACCAGCGUCAUGGCCAGGGAUCACCGAUGCUAAGCUCCGAUCCGUCAAUUUUGGAAAUUGUCAACACCUGCCGCUCUUGCUCCAGUGUAUUAUUGGUGGCAGUGUCAGAACGUGGGGAUAUCGCUCGUCACUGCCAUCGUGUUUUCGAUCGGCUGAGCGAUGCUGUAUUAUCAGACGCGGUCGAAUAUCAUACAGCACCUCGACUUGGUGGCUUGUCACAGUCUGCGAUGCGUCUGCGCUCAUGA